CGAUGGGAGAUCUGGUGCCCUCUCCAUUCUUGGCGGGAGUUUUUUCGGUUGUGGUGGAGGAUACGGAUGGGUGGGACAACAACAACAACAACGCGACAAGUACUUGAAGCUGCAAGCGACGCGAGGUCUUUUGCUUGCUUGACGCGUCCUUCGGCUACAACAUCUUGGCUCGUCGCCCUGCUGUGCUCCCUUGCACUCAUCGCUCUCAUCGCCGUCUACCGUCGUCGUCGCUCAGGUCCCCACCGCAACUCAAUUCACCCGCUCGAUCCAUCCUCGAUCACACCCGCCUUUUCCAUCCCACCCUCCUCCGUCUCCUGACAUAACCCAAGCUGUGUUAUUUUAAUUAAAACCUGCGCAUGCCUCAAAUGCACAGGCCCCUCGCUGCACCGGCACCCCUCCCCGUUCCCUUCUCAACGCACCGGAACUUGGAUCCGCGAGCGAGGACACACUCGCAAUCCCAACGCAUUCAGCAGCACCAGCACCAGCAGCACCAACACCAUACAUCGGCCUCGCGCUCCAGCAGGACAACGACGAUGACGACUUCCGCGUCGAAUUCCGCUUCCGCCUCUGCCUCCGGGCUCUCCUCCCCCGUUUCCCCCACCUACACCGACUUCAGUAUCAGCAGCUCCGCGUCUGAUUCGCAUUCACUGCGUUCGCCGUUGGACGAUGUGUUUGACCUGACGCCGUCUCCCUCUGCUCAUCCGAUGUCUAUGGCGCAGAUGUACGCGCACAGGGACGAGCAGCCCUUGCCCCAGCCGUUCUUGUAUCACUGGCCUGAGCGGAAAAAGUCAUUGGUCGGGUCGCUCCUGCCCCCGACGCCUCAGCAGCAGCAGUACGGCACGAUUGGGUCGGGCUAUUAUUCUUCGUCCGCUGCGUAUAUGGGCCCCCAGCUCGAUAUCCCCCCCUCGCAACAUCAAAGUCUGUAUGCAGCAUCCGGUGUGCAGCGGAGUUACAGUGCGGGAGCGAUUUUUGGGUACCAUGGCGGAUACGAUGGACACCCCCACCCUCCGCAGUCACCCACCUCUCCGACUUCGCCUGUGUCGUGGGAACACGGAUCACAUCCUCUUGCUCUCUCCUCACAUCAUCAUCACCAGCACAACUCACAUCCGGGCACACCGGCACUCUCGCAUUCACAGUCGCACUCUGCACUGACGACGGCAUCGUCCUCUUCGACUCCGUACGUUGGUCGACCGCACGCCGACUCCAUAUCGUCCGUGUACUCGACCGCGUCGGCGCCCGCAUCCGCAUAUACUCAUCCGCAGCCAUUUGUCGGCGGCCGGGCACACUCUGAUUCUGUGUCCUCAGCGUACAGUGCGUCGUCAGCAUCAGCCUAUAGUAACCCAUCGCCAAAUCCUGCAACAUUCUCCUCCGGGUCUUAUUCACCGACGUUUCCGCCCCCUGCGUCUGCGUCCACAACGAAUCCACCAUCCCCAUUGUCCUCGACGUCAGUAGACCCGCGAUACGUGUUGAGCACACCCGUACCGACGUCACCGUCGUCGAGCGUCUCGCUGUCGCUUUCCCCCCGGGAACGUCAUAGCCAGAGUCCUUCUUCAGGGAACGGGAGCCAGCAUUAUCCGCAGCCGCAGAAUAGCCCAUUACGCAGCGUGGUGUCGCUCGACAGGUCCGCAUCUCCACAGGACGAGGGUGAAGAUGAGGUCGUGUCGGAACAAGAUCAGGAUGGAGAUGGCGAUUCGGAGUACGUCGACAACGGGAGCGAUAGCGACGAUGGUGAAUUUCUUCCACCCGGAUACCGGCGGAGGGCUGGAGCCAGCAAUAAGCGAUACCAGCCGUACGCAUACAGCCCGAGUCCGAGCACCUCGACAUCGGGAAGUGGCGGAUAUCCAUACGACUAUGCGCAGUACGACAAUGGGUACCCUUACUCGUAUAACUUCGACGCGCCGACUGUCCCCUCAAUGCCGAUGCCUCCUCAGCGUCGCCGUGCCCGACCGAGCACUGCUCUACCGAUCCCCGUCCCGGUGCCGAAUCUGACUAAAAAGAGUCGUGGUCGCCGUGUGCCGACCGUCGCGAAUCUCUACGGGGUCGGUGGGAUGAGCGGCCGGGCUCCAAGCAAGGCCGGGCAGGCGCGAUUGUACACUUGCAAGGUGCCGGGCUGCGGGAAGUGCUUCGCGCGUGGCGAGCAUUUGAAGAGACACGUCAGGAGUAUUCACACAUAUGAAAAGCCGCACAAAUGUCCCUAUCCGGGCUGCGGCAAGGACUUUUCGAGACACGACAACCUGGGCCAGCAUAUGCGGGUCCACAAGGACUUUGUCGGGCGGGUUUAAGUCCUAAUUUCUUUGGCUCUCUGCAUACCCGCUCUUCCUCUCCCUCUCUUUCAGGCCGGAUUAUAUUUACAUGGUUUUGUUUCCCGUCACUCUGGAUUUGGCGCCGUGCUUCUGUUGUUGUUGUUGUUUGCCACCUCUUUCUGCUGCCGCCGCUGCUGUUGUCGUCCACCUACAUUCGUUUUCUCCAAUCUACCCUACAAGCAUCUCCUAACUAGCCUACCUUCCCUUGUCUAGUAACUUACAUUACACCGCGAAUCGCAUACACAGAUACGUGCAUUGGAUGGAAUAAAUUUGGAUCAUCUGGGAAACAUGGCCUGUUGGACCAAAGGGUGCC